AUGCCUUCUCCAUCAUCACUGUUCUCUGCCUAUGCCUCCAUGGCAGCCUCAAUGAUGCUCUUUAGGUCCAUGGCCAAUGAGCUCAUACCUCACCCAGUUAGGGGCUACCUAGUCUCUAGCCUCCGCUACCUUUUUAAAACUCACUCCCCUAAGCUAACCUUAGUCAUAGAGGAAUCAAACGGCAUAUCUCGCAACCAAGUCUAUGAAGCUGCAGAGAUAUACUUGUGCACAAAAAUCAGUUCCAACACGGAGAGGAUCAGAGUUAGCAAAAGCCCAAAGGGGAAGAGCUUGACAAUUCGACUCGAGAAAGGCGAGAAGCUGGUUGAUUUCUAUGAAGGGAUUGAGCUCAAGUGGAGGUUUAUUUGUGCAGAGUCACAACAGAAAGACCCCAAUGAUCCAUUUUCUCCUCCGAGGUCCGAGAAGCGGUUCUUUGAGCUAACAUUCCACAAGAAGCACAAAGACAGAGUUUUGGAUUGUUAUGUGCCUUAUGUUCUUGAAAGAGCCAACGCCAUGAAAGAUGAAGAGAGGGUUUUGAAGAUGUACACACUAAAUUCCUGCCACCCUUACAAUGGCGUCAAAUGGGAGUCCAUCAAUCUCGAACACCCUGCAACUUUUGAGACGGUGGCCAUGGACCAAGACCUCAAGAAUGCAGUUAUUGAGGAUCUUAACAGAUUUGUGAAGAGGAAGGAGUUUUACAAGAAAGUGGGAAGGGCUUGGAAAAGAGGGUACUUGUUGUAUGGCCCUCCAGGCACUGGCAAAUCAAGCUUGGUUGCAGCCAUGGCUAAUUAUCUCAAGUUUGAUGUCUAUGACUUGCAGCUUGCCAACAUAUUUCGUGACUCGGACCUGAGAAAAUUGCUGCUGGGCACCGCGAACCGGUCGAUUCUUGUGAUUGAAGACAUUGAUUGUAGUGUUGAGCUGCCUGAUCGCCGACAUGGAGAUGGAAGAAAGCAACCUGAUGUCCAGUUAACACUAUCGGGACUGCUAAACUUCAUAGAUGGCUUAUGGUCUAGCUGUGGAGAUGAGAGGAUAAUAAUCUUCACCACUAACCACAAGGAGAGGCUAGACCCGGCUCUUCUGCGCCCGGGGCGCAUGGACAUGCAUAUCCACAUGUCCUACUGCACUUACCACGGCUUCAAACUCUUGGCCUCAAACUACUUGGGCAUCCAUAACCACCACCACCUCUACGGAGAAAUCGAAGACUUGAUGAAGGAAACAGAUGUGACUCCGGCACACGUUGCAGAAGAGUUGAUGAAGAGUGAAGAUGUUGAUGUUGCACUCGAAGGACUUGUGAAGCUUUUGAAGAGGAAAAAAUUGGAAGGUGAUGAAUUUGAGGAUGAGGCUGAAAAGAAGAAUGCAGCUCAAGCAGCAAAGAGGCAGAAAACAGGGAAGCAACAAAGGAAACCCGUGAGGAAUAAUAGAAGAAACAACACCAAAAGAACAAGCAACCGCUUAUCUGCUAAGAAAACCAUUUUGCAUUAA